AGGCCUGACAUCCUAUUCUUGUAAAUGAUAACUGAUCUUCCAUGCUGACGAUUCUCGUCGAAGCCGUCAGGAAUAUUAUCUGAAGAUUGCGGGAAUUUCAGAUGUUCGGGUUCUAAAUUGCCGUAGAGCCUAGUGUUCCAAUGAUCCCGCAUCAGCAAGCGUCCGAGGCGCACCACUCCUGAAUGACCUGGAAGUGUCAUGGAGCCCAUGUCUUGACCAAGGCCGAUGUAAAGUGGAAUAGUGCCACUACUUCUGUUUAACGAUCGUGGAGGCAGUUUAUCCUUUAACAUACACCGAUGCAGGCUGGGAGGAACCGUGUCUAAAUCUGUUCAAUCAGGCCCCAGUUCAGAAAGAUAAUGUCGAUCCCCAAGCGUCUGCAUGCCGGAAUCGCCACUCUUAUGAGCUGGUCAUAUGCCUUGAGUCCGUUGGUAUGCGAACGAAGAGCAGGAUGUAGAAAGAAGUUUUGCAUGUCGAUAACCACCAACGCCGACCUAUCAGGUGCGAAUAUCACAUCCUGCGUAGUAGUGGUGAUCUUGAGAUAUCGCUUGCUCGGGUGCACAGCAGAGCGAGUUAUAUCAAACGACGAUGUCUCCCUGUCGUAGAUCCAAUACUUUGAACUUUUAUUCCCCAGAACAUGAUCUCGAAUUGCCAUCAUCACCAACUCGACAAGCG